AUGCGCCUCGAAAUCAUCGUAGAACGACGGAUCUCCUGUCUAAAAGAUUGCGGUCCCGAAAGCAUUACGGUUAAUGCGUUGACGGCAUUAGCCCUGAAUCGGUACAAUCUGCAUUAUUUUGUUGAGUGCUCUUCGUUUGAAAUCCCAUAUGAUGAAGUUGCAGGUUCAAUUUUAUACUGGGGCACAGUAAUUGCUUGUCAACGUCUGGCUGCCCUUCAGGGACGCGCAAAGCUGGGAGCGGAUACGGGUAAGAAUGCUAGCUCCUCAAACGCUGUCCGAAAACUCAAGGACGCUCCAAUUAACUACAUUAAUAUCGGGAUCCGUCACUGGACGACCUAA